AUGGCGUAUUUGACGGUGGAAGACUUGAAGAUUUCGUUCAACCUGUUUUGCGUCGUGUACGGCGUGGGGACGUUGGGGAUGCCUGGCAACUACGCCCGCGCCGGCUUCGUGUGGGGGACUUUGGCUGUCCUUCUUAUGGCUGCGAUCAACAUCUACACCACUGCGAGCAUCAGCAAGGUGCUGCUGGUAGCCCCCAAGAAAGUCAAGACGUACGGCGACCUGGGCGAGUGGUGCUUAGGCAAACCGGGUCGGUACGUGACGGUGCUGACGCAGCUUCUGGUGUGCUGGAUGGUGCCGAUUGCGUUUCUGGUGCUCAGCGGGUCGCUCUUGACCACGCUGUUCCCCGGCACGUACGACGACACGACGUGGAUCAUCUUGAUGGGGUUAGUGCUCAUGCCAGUGUGCUUGAUGCCGAGCCUCAAGGAAAGUGCAGGGGUGGCGGCGGCGGGCGCGGCGGGGACGCUGAUCGCCGACAUUGUGGCGCUGUACUUGCUCGUGUCCAACAUGUCACCCAUUCCGGUGGGAUUGAGUCCCCCGUCGCCGAUCCCGACGUUUGCCAGUGUCUCGUCUGUGUUUGGCAACCUCUCGUUGGGGUACUCUGCGGGCGUGGUAAUUCCUGCACUGCAGCGCGAGCACAGCCAGCCCCAGCGCAUGCCUCGCGUGAUUGUGUUCACGCUGGGCGUAUGCUCGGUGCUGUUCUUGAUCAUCUCUAUCACGGGCGUGUCCACGGUAGGGUGUCAGAUUCCCGGCAACUUGCUGUUUGCUAUCACGGGGACCAAGUUGGGCUUUGAGGCGUCGCGAGGAGGGGUGGUCUUGGCCUUCCUGUCCAUGCAACUGCAUUGCUCGGUGGCGUUCGCGGUGAUUCUCUUUCCCACGUUUUACAUCAUGGAGCGCAUUUUGUUUGGCUUCCACAAGGUCCACUCGGUUGAAGAAGCUGUUGACUACAACAAUGACUUGGAGACCCCCGCGGACAAGGACGAGUCGCCGGUGGUGCCCGUGGAGGUGGACGCGGCCCCCACGUACAACUCGUCGGGCGACUACUUGAAGGCGAUGGUACUGCGCUUAGUCAUGGUCGGGAUCAGCAUUGUGUUGGCGAUCGUAUGGAAGGACCAGUUCAUGAACAUUCUGGACUUUGUGGGGGCGUCGUCCACGGCCAUGACGAGUAUGAUUUUGCCCGUGCUGUUCACCCUCAAGACGUUCGGCAACAAGCUGCCGGCGUACGAAAAGAUCUGGUGUGGCUUUGUGUUGGCCAUUUGCUCGGCGCUGGCUGUCUAUGUGUCGUACCACACUGGCAAAGCCCUGUUUACCCCGGAAACCCCCGACAAGGAGAUCAAGUUCCCGCAUUGCCCCGCCGAGUUCCAAAAGGUGGUCUACACCAACCGAACGUACUACAACCUCCCAUAA